AUGGCACUACCACUACAGCGACCCACAGUAAGAAUACCUGACAACCGCUCGCUGGCAGAAAAGAGAGCUGUUCAACUGAAGCGGAAGUUCGAUAAGAACCAAGAGUUCAAAGAGAAAUAUGUGCAAGCUAUGGAAGAUACCAUAGGCAAGGGUUAUGUUGAAAAGGUUCCCGACAGCCAGAAGUUCAGAAGUGAUGGUAAAGUCUGGUUCAUCCCACAUCACGGUGUUUACCAAGUUCAGAAGCAGAAGAUGAGAGUGGUGUAUGACUGCGCCGCAGAGUAUGGUGGUGUUUCCCUGAACCGACAGCUGUUACAAGGGCCAGACAUGACCAAUGGUCUCACAGGUGUGCUGAUGAGAUUCAGACAAGAACCAGUUGCCGUCAAAGCUGACAUAGAGGCAAUGUUCUACCAAGUGAGGGUGAGAUCGGAAGAUAGAGAUCUCCUAAGAUUCCUAUGGUGGCCAGGUGGAGAUCCGAGUCGUGAAUUAGAAGAGUAUAGAAUGACAGUGCACGUCUUUGGUGCAGCAUCGUCUCCCAGCUGUGCCAAUUAUGCACUACGUAGGACAGCUACAGACAACGAACAGCGCUAUCGCUCGGAAGUUACGAAUGCUGUCAGGAAGAAUUUCUACGUCGAUGACUUUUGCAAGUCAGUACCAGAUAAAGAAGAGGCCAAGGUCACCUCGAGGGAAGUGACAGACCUGUUAGCUGAGGUUGGAUUCAGACUCACCAAGUGGGUCAGCAAUCAGCGAGAAGUCUUCCGGUCGAUUCCUAGAGAAGAAUGGUCUAAGGAGGUAAAAGGCCUGCAGAUUGAUCAAGAUGUUCUUCCACCAGAGAAAACUCUUGGAGUCUUGUGGUGUAUGGAGAGUGACACCUUCGGCUUCGAGAUCAAUGUGAAAGAUCGUGAACCCACACGUCGUGGUAUACUAUCCAUUGUGAGUUCAAUUUAUGAUCCGUUGGGAAUGGUCAGUGCUGCCAUUAUGCCUGCCAAGUUGCUGCUUCAGGAUCUAUGCAGAUUGAAGUUGAACUGGGAUGAGAAGAUUCCUCAAGAACACCUGCACAAAUGGAACCUUUGGCUGAUGGACCUACCCAAACUAGAAUGCAUCUUAGUAGAUGGAUGCUUCAAGUCUGAAGGCUUUCAGGAUCCUGUUAGUGUGCAGAUCCAUCACUUUGCCGAUGCCAGCUACCUGAGACUACAGAACAGAUAUGGAGAUGUUCAUUGCUCCUUUGUUACAUCCAAAUCAAGAGUGACCCCGUUGAAGCAGCAAUCCAUACCCAGACUUGAACUUACAGCAGCCACUGUAGCAGUGAGAGUACACAACUCGAUAGUUAGAGAGCUGGAGAUCCCUGUUGCCCAGAAUUUCUUCUGGACAGACAGUAUGACCGUCAUCAAAGUAUAUCCGCAAUGA